AUGCCAGGCGUACCGACAGGCAGGGCCUGUGAUGCAUGCCGCAAGCAGAAGAAAAAGUGCGAUGAAAAGCAACCUGCCUGUGGAAGAUGUGUGCGUCUGAAGGUACCCUGCAUUGGGUCUGGCCAGCAAAGAUAUAAAUUCAAGCAAGAGCAUCGCUUUUCGCCUCCAGCACAAAACAGCAAUGGACAACAAAUUAUGAUCAUACUCGAUAACAAGUCAAGAUUGAACAAAAAAGAAACGCCUCCGUUGGAAAUUCCUCCUACAUUCCCCAAUCACCAUCUUACAUCAUUAACAAAUUCAUUCGUCGGCGCCAUCAAACGGUCAACAGACCUCCGAUACAACCUCUGGUGGUCAUUCGGUCUAUUCCUAGAAGAAGUUCCCCGACGACUCGGCAAUAAUGAAGCACUCGACCGCGCAGUCGAUGCCGUGACCACAGUCCAUGGAGAUUUCUGCACUCACCAAUUCGUCUCAGUCAAUGCUUUAUCAAAGUACUCCCACGCACUGAAAACCUUGAGUGUCUACUUAAACGACCCUAUCCAAGCAAGUGCAUCAAAUACCCUCUGCGCCGUGAUGAUCCUUUUAGUCUGCCAAGCAUUCAUUGGAAACCAAGGACAAUUAUUAUCAGGACACGCAGGAGGCGCAGCCAACAUCCUACGCGCAAGAAAAAAUUUCGGACCUCGCGACGAAUUUGAGCGCAAACUAUUCCUCUCUCUACGAGGCAGCGUGCUCUUCGAAGGCCUAUACAACGAAAAAAUAGACCUGUCCCCAUUAGAAUGGGAAUCCCUAGUCCAAAGCGACUACGACGCAAACCUCCCCGAAGGACGAAUGAUGCUCUGCUUAACAAAAGCACCAACGCUAAUUAAGCGCGGCAAAAUCGCACUACGAACCGGCCAAGAUCUGACCCAAAUAAAAAGCGAAAUCGAACCCCUAUACUCACAAUGCAAAGAAAUUCUCUCGGAACUCAAAACGCGAAAAACCGAAUUUGAAGCCUCCUACCCCGUGACAUCCUCCCCGACAACCAUGGCCAAAAUGCUGAAAGCGCAUUAUCUACGCACAUACGGGCUAGGACUAACGAUAUCGGCUUUUUUUAAUUGUAUGGUGCAAUCAUUGAACCUGGACGAUCCCACGUUCGCGAUCGAAUCGACGUCGCUGGUUGAAGAGACGCUUGUACAUGCCGAGGAGUCGCAUGUUUAUAGACCUGUUGGGGCGGGGUAUGUUAUUUUGUGUUUGUAUGCUGCUUGGGCUGCGACGACUGAUCCGCAGUUGCGGUUGAGUGUUGAGUUGGCUUUGCUUGAUUACCAUGGGGAUUUCAAGAAUAAUCGUGUUACUGAUUUGCCUCGUGAUUUGGAUUGGGUUUCUGAGCAUAUUUGGCUUGGGGUUCCGCCUGUACGGAAGGCUCUUGUUUUGAAUUGA